AUGACAGGAUUUGAAGAAGGCCAUGAAAUCGAUGUUCCUUUUGCCGAACGUGGCAUUUCUACAACGAUCGAAGUUUUGCCAUGCCGUCAAGACAACUGCGCAAUGUACGACUAUGCAGAGAAGCUCCGUGAGCUUUAUGCCGUUAUGGCAAGCGAAUUACAGCCAGAGGCAGUGAUGGUCACUGUAUUAAUGGAGGGACUCAGUUGUGGUUCUCUUAAGACUAAAGUUUUCCGCCAGGGCUCGACGACUCUGGAAUAUGCGAUAAUGUAUCUAGUGCGUAAGGACUCAUGUCAUGUGGUUAAUUCGUCAUCACGAAUAGAAGCAGUGACUGCUGCUACCGGAAUUCCGGAACCAAUAGGCUUUAAAGCGGUGACUGUCCGUGGGAAGUAA